UUCUACCGCACGAUCCUAAUCCCCCAGUUCGGAUACCGGGUACUAAAUAUUAACGAGAAGCCAGUCCUCAGAGCCGAUAACCUACUAACUAUCUUAAUAUUUAAUAUUACGUAUAAUAUUAAUAUCUUUUUAUUAGAACGGUAG